AUGUUGAAUUGCCAUCAUAUCUAUAACGAUAUUGAUGUAGUUAUCUAUGCUGUUGAUCUUUUGACAGGUAAAGGAGGUGAGUGGAUCCGUGCAGGCGUCAAGUUGAGGCACCAUCAAGUGCGGGUGAAGCCGUCCGGUUGGUUGCGCAGAAAGAUUGAAAGAUUUUUAGGAAGAAGGGGGGGGGGUAGAAGAACAUCCACUUAUGCUUUGUUUUCUAAUGAUUAUUCAUUCACCUGCAUCACCUUUGUUGUCCUUAGCGAACACGAAUCUUUCCCUUUUGUUGACUAUCUUAGACCGUAA